AUGUUCACCCCGGCCUCUCAGAAAUCUCUUCUGAGAUGCUGCAGACGACAUAUACCAUUAGAAUACUCAUUAAGCGCAAGAUAUAACCCCCAAUGGCUUCGGUACAGUUCCACGACGACUGAACCUGCACCGCCAAAGGAGACAGUCAUUUUCUCCGGUAUACAGCCCACGGGCAUUCCACAUCUCGGUAACUACCUCGGAGCAUUACGUGCCUGGGUAGACCUACAGAAUACCUCCUCGCCAGAUACGAGACUGAUAUAUUCGAUCGUCGAUCUACAUGCGCUCACACUACCGAAACCCGCAGAGGACUUGCGACGAUGGCGGAAGGAAGCUCUCGCCGUGCUGUUGGCGAUAGGAAUAAAGCCAGAGAGGGCUACAUUAUUCUACCAAUCCAAUGUGCCGGCGCAUUCGGAAUUGAUGUGGAUAUUAAGCGUGAACGCAUCGACAGGAUAUCUAUCGAGGAUGACACAGUGGAAGAGUAAAUUGAAUCUACCCGAGAACGCGAAAUUCGAUCUCGCUGCGCGGAAUCGACUGAAGCUCGGUCUCUUCUCAUACCCCGUUCUACAAGCCGCUGAUGUGCUUGUCCACCGGGCAAAUUACAUACCCGUAGGGGAAGAUCAGAAACAGCAUAUUGAAUUUGCGCGCGAAGUCGCCAAUGGUUUCAAUCACUUACACGGGCCUGUUCUUACUGUCCCAGAAGCAAUGAUAUCACCCGCCAAACGAGUGAUGUCACUAAAGAAUCCAAAGCAGAAGAUGUCCAAAUCCGACGCAGACAUCAGAUCCAGAAUCCUCGUCACCGAUACGCCAAUGGAGAUCCACCACAAGAUCCGUCUGGCAUUGACAGAUGCAGGUUCGACCAUCACAUACGACCCUGAGAAGAGGCCAGGUGUCUCCAAUCUGCUUGAAAUGUUCAGUCAUGCCGAGGCCCUGACGUCUGGCCCCUCAGGCACCACCGGAAGGAGCCCGGCUGAAAUAGCAUUGGAAUAUGAGAACAGCAGCUUCAAGGCUCUCAAGCAGGAUCUAUCCUCCAAGUUAAUUGAGAUGUUAGGCUCAAUUCGAGAACGGUAUGUUGAAAUCAUGGAGGAAGACGCAAAAGUGGCGUCGUCUGGCUCAUCAGACAAAGAAAGCUACUUGGGAAUGGUGGCUCGUAAGGGAGCAGAAGAAGCCUCUGCCAACGCAGCAAUUACGAUGAGGCAAGUCAGAACUGCAAUUGGGCUAUCAUAG